UGUAUAUGCAAAGGGAAAUCACUUUUUCAUUCAUCAAAAUAGUUGUCAGCUGGCCGAUACACGAGUCUUAUAGGGAAGAGCUCUCUCUAUAUUCCCCCAUUGCGUACGAUUUAACUAUUUUUUAUAAACUGUGUUAUUCACACAUGAUUGAAACAUGCGCGACUGAGACUAUAACGAGGGACUGGGGAACGGGAACAACAUUUUUGCUUAAAUUAUUUAUUUGAUAUUUGACAAAAAGGGGGGCUCUGUUAAAGAGGGGGGCUCUAAUAGAGACGGGGGGCUCUAUUUUUCAACCAUCCUUGAAACGGGGGCUUUAUUAAGGAGGGGGCUCUAAUUGAGAGGGGGCUAUAAUAGAGUAAAUACGGUAUUUAUUUUCUAGGAUUUAGUUGUAUCUUAUGACAACACAGUUCGAACAUCAACAAAUGAAGUAGUACAGUUUGUAUUUGGCGAUGAUGGGCUUGAUCCGUCUUAUAUGGAGGCUCGUGAUGGAAAAUUGUUAGAUUUGUCCCAUCUUCUCAAUCAAGUUAAAAGUACUCAAAAAGAAUUAUCUCAACAAAAUGAUUACCCUAAUGAUGCUUCUGUAUAUGAAUUAGAUAGUCUUGAUAUUAUACGUAAAGAAAUUGAUUUAUCACUUUCUUCAAUACAAAACGAGAUAAAAGAUACAAAAACCAAACAAUUAUUGGUUACAAACAAAUUCGCCGAUGGACUUUAUGAUUUUAUUUGCAAACAUUUUAACGCAAACAAAAAACUUUUACAAUUGCAAGUUAACUGUGAACGACACAGAGCAUAUAUGUCUCCAACAACUCGUUCUGGUAAAGUUUGUUGCAAAACCUGUGAAGAAUUCAGAUUUCGACGACAGGCCCAGCUUCGCUCUAACGGACUUAGUUUAGCUCAGAUUCGUCAAUUUCUUCUGCUUUGCCAAGGAAAAGUUCGUAGAGCAAUUGUUGAACCUGGCACUGCUGUUGGGGCAGUUGCUGCUACUUCAAUUGGCGAACCAUCUACACAAAUGACUUUGAAGACUUUCCACUUUGCCGGUGUUGCUUCUAUGAAUAUUACGCAAGGAGUUCCUCGGAUUAAGGAGAUAAUCAAUGCAGUACGCAGUAUUUCAACUCCUAUAAUAACGGUAGCUUUGUCAAAUGAUAAGGAUGAAAAAUUAGCAAAGCGUGUAAAAGCGCGUAUUGAACGCACAACUUUAGGAGAAGUUAGCGAAUAUGUUGAACAAAUUUUCCUUCCUGAUGAUAUGUUUGUUCUUGUUAAAUUAAAUGUUCGUCGUAUACGAGAACUCCAAUUAGAAGUUACACCUGAUUCCAUUAUUCAAUCAAUUUGUUCUGCACGUCUACCAAUUCCUUCUAUAAAAUCUUCACAGGUUCGAACAGUUGGAAAGUCAAUAAUAUUGGUUCGACCAGUUGACACAGGAAAGUGUUCAAUGGCAAUGUAUAUGCAUUAUUUAAAAUACUAUUUACCAACUGUUCCAAUCAAAGGAAUUCCCGGUGUUACUCGUUGUGUAAUUAAUGCUGACGAUAAGAAAGGGGAAUCUUUUCAAUUGUUUGUUGAAGGUUCAAGCUUUAAAGAGGUUUUGGCGCUGAAUGAAGUCAAUGGAAUUAAGACAAGAUUUAACAAUGCAAUUAUCAUUGCCGAAGUAUUGGGGAUUGAAGCCGCUCGUGGUUCAAUAAUUUCUGAAAUUUUGAAUACAAUGAGUGAACACGGAAUUGAAUUAGACCGUCGACAUGUUAUGUUACUUGCUGAUUUGAUGACAUAUCGUGGAGAAGUGCUUGGCAUUACAAGGAAUGGGCUGGUAAAAAUGAAGGAGUCUGUGCUUUUGUUGGCUUCUUUCGAACGAACAAUUGACCAUUUAUAUGAAGCAGCGUUUUUUGGACAAAGGGACAGAAUUGUGGGUGUUAGUGAAUGUAUAAUAAUGGGUGUACCUAUUGGAAUUGGAACUGGAAUGUUUAAACUUUUACAAAAGCAAAUAUCUCAGAAAAAAUUAGAAAGUGAACAGCAAGACAAUAAAGGAAAGAUCCAAUUACUUUCUCCAAAACGAGAAGUUCUCAGUGCAUCUACUUCUCAACAAACGCAGAGUUUGGGUCCUUCAACUAGUGGAAGAAGACGGCGUCAGGCCUCUACAUCUACUGCACCUCUUAAAGAGGCUAAAAUGGAAGUUGAAAGUAGUGAAGAACAAAGUAUUGAAGUAUUACCCCCUCCACCUCCAAUACCGAUGCAUAGACAGCCAAUUUUUGAAAUGCCUGAAUUAGGAUUGAUUAUCUGA